AUGGAUAAACUCGUCCGCGAACGAAAAUCGCUCGAACCGCGAUUAAAACGUAUUUCGGAAGUAUUGGAGAAAUUAAGAGGCACAGAUGCCGAAGAAGUUGAUGUGCAAACCGAACUAGACGCCCUAAAUGAGGUUUGGGCUGCUUUUUGUGCCGUGCAUAAGAGAAUACUAGAUGUUGGUGAGGACGAUAAAGCCUAUGAAGAUGCGGUGCAGCAGCAGGCGAGAUUUGAAUCGUACUACAUUACAUUGAAAAAUCGUUUGUUGAAAAUUCUGAAAGCAGUGAAAGAUCGCGAUAACGCUGCAACUGAGCGUGCUGCCCAGCCUGACAUUAUAAAGCAGCUUGCCGAUCAACAGGCAGAAUUCCUGCGCAUGAUGUCUACAAGCAUGGCCGCGCCGUCCAUUGCUAGUGCCGUCACCCACCCCAACGAAGCUACAACUCCAUUGUCUGACUUAAAGCUGCCGCGUAUGAAUAUGCCGGUCUUCAGUGGCAAUUACCUGGAGUGGCAAUCUUUCUACGAUUUGUUCGACAGUUUAGUGCAUAAAAAUGUGAUGCUAAAGGACAGUCAGAAGCUCUAUUUCCUGAAAACGAAUUUGGCUGGUGAAGCGGCUUCCUUGAUUUCGCAUUUAAAAAUAGAGGAUGCUAACUAUCGAACUGCGCUGGACAAGCUAAAAACCAGGUACGACAAACCACGAGAAAACGCUAAUCAACAUAUAAAGCGAUUUUUGGUUCAGCCUACGCUUACGUCACCGUCUUCAUACGGUCUACGAUCAUUGCAUGACGUAUCUGAUGAGGUUAUAAGAGCUUUGCAGGCGAUGAAUAGGGAAGAUCGAGACACGUGGCUUCUUUACAUUCUCAGCGAAAAGAUAAAUCCGGACACAAAGCAGUUGUGGUGCCAGAAGAUAGCCGAAAUGGAUGAAGAAAACAUCAAUCUGCAAUGCUUUCUGAAGUUUAUAGAAUCUCGGAGUUUCGCUCUUCAGUCAUCUCAGCCUCCGAGAACAAAAACUAAUGUGCCCUUCAAACAACCUCCGAAAUUUCAACCUCCAUGCAAAAACGCUAGCGCAUUUGUUGCCACGAAUAGUACGUCCUGCAACGUAUGCAACAAACAAAACCACCAAUUAUACCAAUGCGGUAAGUUCCUUCAUAUGAAUCACGAGGAUCGAAUCGCUCACGUUAACCGUAUGAAAGUUUGCAACAAUUGCCUGAAAGUUCAUCCCGGUGAAUGA